GAGCUGACACGGGCAGUCAGCGGUGGGCGAGCGCGGUGGGCGGUCCUGGAUCUCGCUGCCGAGCCGCCCAGCCCAGCCGCACUCCCGCCUGGCGCCAACCUGGUGGUCCUCGGGCACCGGUUCACAAACCCCCGCGCGCCCCGCAGGGGAUGCUGGAUGCUGGACGCUGGCCGCCUGGCCGCCAUGUAGCGCCCGGGACGCGGAGCACGCGAGCGCUGGGGCGGGUCCGUCCGCCUUGGACCUGGACGACAACAAGACUCCCACUAUGAGGGAGCGCACACUUCUGGUUUGAUGGGGCCGCCCUGGGGCUCUCUGCUGGGCCGGCGAUGGCUGCUGCUGCUGCCCGUGCUAGCGCUGCUCCUGCUGCUCUGCUGCCUCGACCCGCGCGCCGUGCGCGGUCGCCUGGGGCUGCGCCUGGGGCUGCGCGCGAACCUCGAGGAGCUGACCGCGUCCAGGACCGGCGCCGCCCCCGCGUCCAAGACCACCGCGUCCACGCGCACAGAGCCCACGGCGGCGCCCGAGGCGUCUAGCGGCUUCCUCGUCGACACGCCGGGAUGCCGCAUCCCGUUCCUCGCGCCCCUCGACGAGGCCGUCCGCCAGUUCGUGUUCCCGGCGAAGCGGGUCGACUGCGAGGACGCCGGCCCCGCCCUGGUGGAGGCGGACCCGCGCCGGAAUGUGCUGCGCCUGCGCCGCGACCGCGCGCCCCACUACAACAUCAGCGACCCCGCGCGCCUGACGUGCUGCACCGGGGCCUUCUGGAGGCCGGAGCCGCACGUCCACCGCGCGGCGCCCACCGGUGCGCAGGACGAGGACCAUGCCGAGUUCCGGGGCGUGGAUGACGCCAUCGAGUUUGCGGACAACUGCACCGAGUUCCCAGUGGACGGCGACGAGCUGGCGGUGUCGGACGAGUUCGUCCGCGUCGAGUGCUACGAGCGAGGCAUGGAGUCGGACGGCAUCCUCUACCACGACGUCUUUGGCUUCACGCCGCCCAAGGCCGCCGCGAGGCUGGGCCGCGCCGAGCAGGACAACGACGUGGAGGACGUGGUGGACCCCGACACGCCCAAGGUGUCCGUCCUCGUGGUGGGCGCCGACUCGGUGUCCAGGAGCAACCUGCUGAGACAGAUGCCCAGGACGGUCAAGGCGCUCCGGGAGAUCGGCGCCAUAGACAUGCUAGGCUACAACAAAGUAGAGGACAACACAUUCCCCAACCUGGUGGCAGUGCUGGCGGGCAUGUCCGUCCCAGAGCUCCGGAACCGCUGCUGGCCGACCGCCUACACGCCCUUCGACGACUGCCCGUUUCUUUGGAAGCGCUUCGAGGCGCUGGGAUACCGGACGGCUUACGCCGAGGACGAGCCUUGGAUGGGCAUCUUCAACUACAUCAAGAACGGCUUCGUCCGCCAGCCCGUCCACUACUACAUGCGGCCCUACGCCAGGCUGCUGCUCAAGGAGUUGGGCAGUCAUCAGGAGUUCAACUGCCACCUGUGCACUGGGCCGCGCUUCCAGCUGCAGGCACUCCUGGACUACGCCGCGCGGUUCGCGCGCCUCGCGCUGGCCCCGCUGGCCGAGCCGCUCUUCGGCCUGUUCUGGGGCGUCAGCCUGACGCACGACCAGCUCAACACCCCCCAGCUCGCCGACCCGCUGUACGCCAGCUGGCUGCGGACAGCGAUGGCCGACGGCGUCCUGGACAAGAGUGUCGUCGUCUUCCUCAGCGACCACGGCAUCCGAUGGGGCGACAUCCGGGAGACAUACCAGGGCCGCCUGGAGGAGAGGCUGCCAUUCCUCAUGAUCUCUCUGCCGCGCUGGCUGCGAGAGCGCUACCCCUCGGCGGUGGCCAACCUCAGGCGGAACAGCCGACGGCUGGUGACGCCCUACGACCUGCACGCCACCCUAGAGGACCUGAUGGACCUGUCUCGUCUCGAGCAACGUGCCGUCAAGGAGCGGGCCGAGAUGCUGUCCCGCCUGGACCACGACAAGAAGAGCCUGCCCAGGGCUGUCUCCAUGUUCCUGGUGGCGCCCGAGACGCGCACUUGCGAGGACGCCGGCAUCGAGCCGCACUGGUGCACGUGCUACUCGUCCACUCCGGUGCCCUCCAACCACUCGCUGGCACGCAAGGCGGCCGCCUUCGUGGUGCGCCGCGUGAACACCAUGCUGGCCGGGUACCGGCAGUGCGCCAAACUCGUCCUGGACGUGCUACUGGACGCGCGCCGGCAGCAAGGCCGCCCGGAGCUGGGCGGAGAGUCGUCCUCAGCAGCCCGGGAGAGGGUCUUCUCUACGGCGAGGGGUCUGGCCAAGGUGACGGACUACUCCCUGCUGCUGCGCGCCAAGCCCGGCGGCGCCCUGUUUGAGGCAACGGUCCGAGUGCGCUCCAAGGCCAAGGGGAGGGACAGCAGGCAACGAGAACAGCUGUCGCUUGCCGGCACCGUGUCGAGGGUGAACCGCUACGGGUCCCAGAGCAGCUGCGUGGCUGACUACCACAUGAAGCUCUACUGCUUCUGCAAGGGCUUCACAGAGAAAUAGCUGGAUUUGAGGCUGCGAUAUCAGCGAUUGCUGCAUCAAUAUUGAGUGCAAUUUAGCAUCUUAAAAUGAGACCAGACUGCAAAAUAAGUGCCAAAAAUCUACCUAGUAAACAGAGAAAAGUGAAGUGCCAUCUCAAGAAAAUAGAGGCAGUGAAUUUUAAAUAAAAAUUAUACGCUUUACUCUAACUAGGAGAGACAAAGAUAUUGUGCUGUGUUUAGUUAAUUAAAUUAAUAUUUGUAAGACCUGAGACAUAUUUUGUAUAUUACUGUUAUCAAUAAAAGUAUUUAUUUACAAGAA